AUGGAAUAUGGCUCUAAAGAUUCUAUACCAAGUGCUGAUGAAACUUUUGCUUCGCAACAAUUAUUUGAAAUUUUAAAGACAUUUAAAGAUAGUUACUUUAAUGAACGAUAUACUUAUCAAACUCUUGAUUUCAAUGAUGAAUAUGAUGAAACAACGGACGAAGAAGACAACACUGAUGAACCAGAAUCAACUGAUGAAGAAGAGAAUAUUGACGAUUACGAUGAAAAUCAAUAUUUUAAUAUUCGAAAUAAUUUUAUAUUAGAAGAGAUGAAAGAUAUAGUGGAAUGGGUUGAUCAACAUCCGAAUUGCAAAAUUGCAACUAUUAAGCAUAAUUUUCGGAAAGUUAACUACAUGCAUUAUAUCACAAGAUUUCGAGAAUAUAUUAAAACGAACGGCACAAGAUUAGAAAAACUGGAAAAAAUCAAAGAAUUUAUGCGGAACGAAUUUUAUUUGAAAAGAGCAAUUGAAAAAGAAGCAGUUCAU